AUGACGGUUAGGAAGGUGGUGCAUAUGAUUGGGGAAUUUGCUGAAAAUGUGAAGAGGAUUGACGAGGCAAAUCAUUUCUCCAUGAAAAAUUUGGAUGAUUUCUCCAUGUUGGAGAAUAAGUAUUCGAGGCUGGUGGAUCCUGAGUCAUACGUGCCUGAACAUCAACAUCAUCCUUCAGUUCAUACCGCCCUUUACCAGAUGGAUGUGAAGAAUGCCUUUCUUCAUUGUGAACUCACUGAAGAAGUUUAUAUGUGUCCUCCUCCUGGUUCUCAUCAUCUUCUGCAUCAAGUCUGCAAAUUUCGUCGGGCUUUGUAUGGUCUCAAGCAAGCUCCUCGGGCUUGGUUUGCCAAGUUUAGUACCAUUGUUAGAGAUUUUGGAUUCACUUCCAGCCUGCAUGAUUCCUCCUUUUUCAUCCACAAAUUAGACCAGGAUACUAUACUUCUUCUUCUCUAUGUUGAUGAUAUGAUCAUAACUGGCGAUGACGCAUCCGAAAUUUUGGUUCUUAAGACCCAUCUUAGCCAACAUGUCGAGAUGAAAGAUCUUGGGAAGCUUAGUUACCUUUCGGGACUUGAGAUCACUUCUAACUCUAAGGGAUAUUAUCUUUCUCAAGCCAAGUAUGCUUUAGAUAUUCUUACUCAAGCAAGACUCAUAGAUAGUAAGAUAUGCACCACUCCUUUUGAGCUCAACUCAAAACUCACUCCUAUGGAUGGUACACCUUUAGAUGAUCCCACCCUGUUUCGCCAGUUGGUUGGGAGUCUUGUUUAUCUUAUAAUUACUCGCCUGGACAUCUUUUGUGCCAUCCAUAUUGUCAGUCAAUUUCUCUCUGCUCUUCGCACACCCCACUAUGCCGUGGUGCUUCACAUUUUUAGGUACAUCAAAGGGACCCUAUUUCAUGGUCUCCAUUUCUUUGCCCACUCUUCACUUAAGCUUCAUGCCAACUCAAAUGCAGAUUGGGCUAGUGACCCCACUAAUCGUAUAUCCACCAUUGGCUAUUGCUUCUUCAUUGGCGACUCUCUUAUUUCUUGGCGUAGUAUAAGAAGCAAACAAUCGUUGCCCGCUCAAGCAUAG